GUAGCCUCAUUCACUACAGGCAACAACUGGAAAGAACCCAAGUGUCCGUCAGCUAGAGAAUGGAUAGACCCUUGUGGGCUAUGGAUACAGUGGAGCGCUGCUCAGUUAUACAAAGAAAAGAAACUAUGGAUACAGGCCACAGGAGGGAUGGACUUCAAAACAUUACACUGGUGCAGGGGGAAGGUGGCGCCCUGUUAUGAAUCUGUUAUUUAUGAGGCUGUGGCUGCUGCAACAUCAGAAUCCACUAGUGUAGAGCCCGGCAAGCUGGAUGUGGGAGCCACCGAGGGCCACGAACUGCAGCACAUCGGCAACCAAAAGAUGCCCACAGGCCCCCCUGAGGACCACCUGAGUUUAAAAUCUCUACCACCAAGUGAGGAAGAUAAUGAUGAUGCCCAGAUUUUACCACCACCUGUCCUGGCUUUUUCUAUGGACAACCUGAGUUUAGUAUGCCUACCACCAAGUGAAGAUGAUGACUGGGGUGAUGAUGAUGGUGAUGAUGAUGUCCAGAUUUUACCAUCACCUGUCCUGGCUCGUCCUGAGGAUGGCCUGUUUUUAAGAUGCUCACCACAAUGCAAAGAUGAAGAUGAUGAUGACGAUGAUGGUGAUGUUGAUUGUGAUGAUGAUGAUGAUGAUGUCCAGAUAAGAUCUUGGAAAGGAAAAGACUUGAUGCUGGAGAGUAUAAGUGAUGUGGAGACUCAUCCAGGACUGGGCAGAGGACCUGAAGACAUGAGGUUGAUGCACAGGUCAAAGAGAAGAUUCUCACCAUCGCUGAUGCACACAAAAGUGGGAGAGGUGUCAGAAAGUCUGGGAAGAUCCAUAGUGGGAAAAGUUUAUCUGUAUUUCCUGGAGACUCAUGGCCAGCUCCCUUGUGCACAGGACUUCUGGAGAAGGCCAGCCCUACCACUGGCAUAAAUACCUCCCAUCUCCAGCCCUUCAGUAAAUAUUUAAGUGAUUCAUUCAAUAUUUACAACUUAAAAAAGUAGAGUAACCCAGUGGAACUUGAAUUUAACUAGAAUUUAGGUUUGAGAGUAACUGGUCAGUAGAACAAAUGACAUAGAUUGGGUGACAUACUGUGGUUUUUAAGUGUUUUUUUGUUUGUUUGUUUUAUUUUUUGUUUUCCUUAAACAGAGUUAGCAAUAAUUAAUUUGAAUAAAGAAGGAAAACAUUAAAUGGUUGGCAGGUGUAACGCGAACGCUAUUCCAUGACUUGUUCAGCCAUAGCCUCAAUUUGACAUGCUAGACGAUGAAUCCUAAAGACUGGUAUACGGUUACUGCACUGGAGUUACUGUUCUCAUUCCAACAACUAUAGAACAUUCUGAAUAGUGUUUUAAAAUUUUAUUUUAACAAAAGCUAAGAAAAAAAACCGUUACUUAUACAUUAAAGAAAAUAAACAUAAAAUGGUUUCCCGCCUGACAUGCAAAAGUCCCAUGACCUGAUCCUGGCCAGCAGGAGUAUCUGGUAUUGAGGAGCGGGGUCAAGAUGUAGCUGAGCUGCCAGCCACCUAGAUGUGAUUUCCUGGUGUCUCGGGUCUGGAUGAAGGAUGAUGCAGAGCCCGUGUUCUGGCCAGCAUCCCAAUAGGGCCCAGCCACUGCAGGAUGUUUCCAGCCUACUGGGAUUCAGGCUCCAGCUGACAGGACAGCUU